UUGGUAACUUUUCAGGUAUUAGUAUUUGAUCCGUCAACCGAAUUAGAAGUUGAAGUAGUUGCUCAUAGUUCGGGAACAGUUUGGAAUAAAGCUGAUGGUGUGGAUCGUUUAAUAAAAAAUCUUGGUGAUUCACUGGAAACACCGGGUCGUGUGCUGAUAUGCGGUGAUACACCGUCCGAUCUGCCAAUGGGUGCCGUCCGGUGUCCUUCUUUAGGACAACUUUACUGGUGGCAGAAAACAGGUUCACCAGCAGCAGAUAUUUCUCCCAUCACUAAUGCUUUGGAGCCGUAG